UUCGCAACCACAUCACCACCUCGCAAUGGCCGACCAAAAAUCGCAAGCCGCUCUCUUCCAAGUCUAUCUUCGAUUGCGACCCCCUCCAACGAACCAACAAAUUGCCACCGAACGAUUUCUUUCGGUCGAAGAACCUGCGAAUGACGAUGAGCUCCCAACCCAUAUUACCCUGAAUCCUCCCAACGAUAAUCGACGACGCGCAGUCGAAAAAUUUGCAUUCACAACGGUAUUUGAAGAGGAGGCUACACAGUUGAAUCUGUUCCAUGGCACUGGUGUGCUGCCUUUGGUUGAAGGAGUUCUUGGCCCCCAGGGCGGUGAUGGACGCGAUGGAUUGCUUGCUACGCUAGGUGUUACUGGCAGCGGAAAGAGCCACACAAUCCUCGGAUCUCGAACUCAACGCGGUCUCACCCAACUCGCGCUCGACGUCCUCUUCCGCUCAAUUUCGAAUCAAAUGCUCGAUCCGAAUACGACAACAAGCCUGCAUGCAACAGUAGCAGCCUCCGACCCUAGCGAAGCACAAGUUAUGUCUGCACAAAUGUUUCUUGAUACAAUGUACGGCGACCCAUCAGCAGCUUCCCGAGCCAGCUCCAGAGCACCGACUCCAAUGGUGGGCGAAUCCUAUCCACCUCCUACCCCACGAAAGAACUUCCUCCAACGACCGAGUCAACUACCCCAAGUGCCGGAUAUCAGCAAUGUUUUGGUAGACGUGGAUCCUAACGCUGAAUACGCGAUUUUGAUUUCGAUGUAUGAGGUUUAUAAUGAUCGCAUCUUUGAUCUGUUGACGCCUGCUUCGCCCAAUAAGUCAACGAAGGAAUUCCGACGACGACCGUUGCUGUUCAAGCCUACAGAGCAAUCUCCGGAUAGGAAAGUUGUUGCUGGUCUGAGGAAGAUUAUUUGCGGGACCAUGAAGGAAGCACUUAUGGUUCUUGAAGCAGGAUUACAUGAACGACGCGUUGCUGGCACUGGUUCCAAUAGUGUAUCCAGUCGAAGCCACGGCUUCUUCUGCGUUGAAGUGAAGAAGAGAAGAAGAAGCAGGAUGCCUGGUCAAUGGGGAGGCAGUGCACUUACCAUUGUUGAUCUUGCUGGGAGUGAGAGGGCAAGAGACGCUAAGACACAGGGGGCGACGUUGCAGGAGGCGGGGAAGAUUAAUGAGAGUUUGAUGUAUCUUGGGCAGUGUCUGCAGAUGCAGUCUGAUCUUGGUUCUACCACGAAGCCAAACCUCGUCCCAUUCCGCCAAUGCAAGCUCACUGAGCUCCUAUUUUCCAACUCCUUCCCCCCAACCUCCCAACAAUCCGUCCCGUCAACCCCCUCCCACUCCUACCACUCCCACCACCCACACCCAUCCUCUCACCGUACCCAGCCCCAAAAGGCAAUAAUGAUCGUCACCGCCGAUCCGCUCGGAGACUUCAAUGCCACCUCUCAAAUCCUUCGCUACUCCGCCCUCGCACGAGAAAUCACCGUUCCGCGGAUUCCAUCCGUUACGUCCACAAUCCUCGCUCAAUCAACUGCUAGCCACUACUUCUCUCCUCGAGCAGGAGGCAGGAUGUCCCCAUCCGAAACAGAACGCGAAACAAUGGAAAUCGCAGCCCUAGAAAUCGCCCGCAUGUCCGAGGAAAUCGACGGUCUCCGCCAUGAACUGAGUAAGAGCGAGAGUGCUCGGAUGGAGUUGGAAGCACAUCUUGAAUCCUUCCAAGAUCGCGCUGUGGAGAUCGAGGCUGAGGUUCGAGAGGAGUGCUAUAUGGAGAUGGAGAAGAAGAUGCAAUCCGAGUUGCAAAGAUGGAAGAUUGUUUGGGAGAGUGAGAGGGAGAGGGGGGAGGCGCAUUUGGAUAAGAAGAUGGAGAUUUAUACGCGGAGCAUUGAUGCCGUGGACGAGGAGUCGGAGAAUAAGGAGAAUGAAUUUGAUCUAGAAGCCGAAAAUGACCGGUUGCGAAGAGAAGUCGAGAUGUUGAGACGCGAUAUUCAGAGUAGGAGUCCGAGCAAGAGGAUGCCAUUGAGAGAGUCGAGAGCUUAUUCUGGACGGGACUCAAGGGUUUGUGGUGAGAGUGAGAGGGGAAUGGAGAGCGUGGGAAGAGAAAUGGAGAGGUUGAGGAUGAGCGGAGAGUCUGUUUUGAAGGGUGGACAGCCAAUUAUGAGCAGCCCAACGAAGAAAGUGAGGAAGCUGACGGCGAGGAAGUGGGAUUUGAUGGAUGAGCGCGAGAUAUUGUAGUUCUUGACAGAGGUGGAUGAGUGGAGUUGUGGGAGUUUAUGUUGAGUAAGAUGUUAGAGUCGUUUGGGCCAGCGAGUUGUGCCAUGCAUGGCGUUUUGGAUGUUGUUUUUGUUUUGGAGUAUUGGAUCGAUAAUAUGUGAAUGAAGUAUUGAUCUCACAUCCACUUUGUUCUGCGGGCUGUUCGUGAGGAAAGAAGAAUAUUAUAUCAGUG